AUGGACGACUCUUGGCUAGUCGAAAAGCAUUUGUUACCAACACCUCCAAAUUCCCAUGUUGGUUCUCCGAUCGUCGACGAGGCCACAGACGGAAGCACAUUAGUCUCCAUUUCCACCACAUUUCACCCCGCUGCCCAACUCCAUCCAGUUCCAACAGACAUCGUUCUUCUCUCUUCUGACAACGUUUUCUUUUAUGUUCACUCCCAUCUCCUCUUGGCAGCCUCGGAAAAUGCUUUCAAUAAUUUGUUACCCCCGGCAUCAAAGCAUCAGGAUUCCAUUCUCUCAGUCCCAGAACAUUCAACCGUAUUAAAUAUCCUUCUGCAUACCAUUUACGACAUCUCAUGCAUUCAUUAUUCUCCUUCUCUCCCUACGAUUACCACCGCCGUGAACUGUCUGCCCAUCUAUGGCGUCCUCCCAAAAACCCACAUCGCUCCCUCCACACCGCUCUAUACUUUGCUCAUCUCCCAAGCACCACUCGAUCCUCUUGAAGUCUAUGCUCUCGCCGCCUCUCUCGAUCUUUACGACCUUGCUGUCGCAACCUCCUCUCAUCUUCUUUCCUUCCCUCUCUCCACCCUCUCAGACGAAAUGGCCGAACGAAUAGGCUCAGUCUACCUCAAACGCCUAUUCUUCCUUCAUUUCGGUCGUUUAGACGCCCUCAAGCGUGUUCUUCUCCCUCCUCCCCACCCCCAUCCCCCGACCGCUUGGUGCGAUUUCACAGAACAAAAGAAGCUGACAAGAGCAUGGGCGUUGGCCUCGGCUUAUCUUGCGUGGGAUGCACGACCAGAUUUAUCAACAAGCACCAUGGAGUCUGCUCUUCGUCCACUGGCAGAGCAUUUGACAUGUGACCAAUGUCAGUCGGUCUUGCGAGAUCGAAUUAAAAAUCUGGUCAUACAGUGGUCCGUUAUCAAGAGCAGCGAACAAUUUAAUUAUCCCUUCCCACAUGACGUCAUUGCAUUUUUAUUAUUGCCUGUGCCACCAGACACGCACUCCAUACACGGACCUUAUAUCCCCCCCCACCCCCACCCCCAAAUCUUGGUAUCUCUACCGUACCCCAAUUCGCGCUUUGCCACACCGAGUGGUAUGUAUACACGCCUCACUUGA